UAGCUGCCUCCGGCGUAGAUGUUGUGUUUAUUUAUAAUUUAUAAUCAGUGAAUCGUGUUUUGUGCUGCUUAAUAAUAACAGACAAGAUGCCUAUCAAACUGGAGACUUUAGCAGAGGGUCGGGGCAUACCAGUAGUGAUUCCAGAGGAAGAUCACACCUUCAUACUGGAUGAGGAGGCGCUGGGCGAGCUGCUGCUGCGCGAGGACAUCCGGGACCGCGCCGUGGUCGUGCUGUCGGUGGCCGGCGCCUUCCGCAAGGGCAAGUCCUUCCUGCUGGACUUCUUCCUCAGAUAUAUGUACCACAAGUACAUCUUGGGCGAGAGUGGAGAGGGUUGGUUAGGAACUGAUAAUGAGCCUUUGAAAGGGUUCAGUUGGCGAGGCGGCUCCGAGAGAGACACGACCGGACUACUCCUCUGGUCCCAACCCUUCAAGGCGACCCUCGACAAUGGAGAGAAGGUGGUGAUCUUCCUAAUGGACACACAAGGCACGUUCGACAGUGAGUCGACAGUGCGAGACAACGCUAUAGUGUUCGCUCUCUCUACCAUGCUGUCGUCGGUGCUCAUUUACAACCUCUCGCAGAAUAUUGAGGAGGACGACCUACAGCAUUUACAGUUGUUUACGGACUACGGCAGCUUGGCGCAACAGAAGAGCAUUGGGAAACCAUUUCAACGUCUGCAGUUCCUCAUCAGGGACUGGAGUGUACCCUACGAGUAUCCCUACGGCGCACAGGGUGGUCUGAAACUGCUGCAUAAAAGACUUGAGGUCCAUGAAGGUCAGCACAAGGAGUUGCAGACGCUGCGCCACCACAUCCACGCGUGUUUUGAGGAGCUGGCCUGCUUUUUAAUGCCACACCCCGGACUCAAUGUUGCCACCAGUCCUGAGUUUAAUGGCAAAUUAGCAGAUAUAAGGGACGACUUCAAAGCGUCCCUGAGGCAGUUGGUACCAAUGCUGCUCGCGCCAGAAAACCUGGUGCCGAAACUCAUCGGCGGACAGAAGGUGAAGGCGAAGGACCUGAUGCAGUACUUCCGGGUGUACAUGAACAUAUUCAAUGGAUCAGAACUCCCCACACCGAAGACUAUGUUAGAGGCCACAGCAGAAGCAAACAACCUGUCAGCGGUGGCGGAGGCGCGUGAUGUAUACGACUUGAUCAUGGACGAGGUGUGCGGAGGCACCAGACCUUACCUGGACCCUCGGAGGCUGGAGGACGAGCACCGCCGUGCCAAGGAUAAGGCACUGCACGCGUUUAACAGCAAGAAGAAAAUGGGUGGCGCAGAAUUAGCAGAGUCUUACAGUGAACGUUUGGAGAAGGAGAUUCAAGAACAAUACCAACAACUGCAAGCCCACAAUGAAGGAAAGAACCUGUUCCGGAUGGCCGGUACCCCGGCGGUGCUGGUGGGGCUAGUGAUUCUAGGGUAUCUGCUGAGCGUGCUCGGGGGCACCUUUGGAGUUCAGACCCUGGUCGCUGUUGGGCAAAUGAUAGCAAUAUCUUCAAUCGUCACGCUGGGCUUGUGGGUGUACAGCAGGAUAAGUGGCAACCUGCGAGAUAUAAGCCUCCAGAUUGACGGAGUUGCUGACAUUGCACGGAACUAUGUGUUGCGGCAGGCAGUCGGAGGGGCGUUGCUCCAGUCAGCUGGGACCGGGUCGGACAAGAAGAGUUCAUAACAAAUAAACACAAAUACUGCAGUGCAACUGUGUUCCAAGUUAUAUGCAAUAUAAUGAACGCUUUUCAGUGUUAUGUACAUAAUAUGUGAAUAUAUAUGUAAUGUAAAUGUUCUUCGAGUCACAUUUUAUAUGGAUGAUAAUGAAAUGAACUCGUCUUCGCCAACGGUGUACGCUGGCGAGGCACCAGUGGAGGAUGAUAAAAUGGGCUUGAAGUCAAGUCAGGUUAACACAUCUUGGCAAAUGGCAAUUUACCACAAUGGUUUCCAAUUGGCACCAUGUGGAGGUCACCCUGACAUGGUACAUUGUUAGCAAUGGUGUUAUUAGUCCACAUUACUAAGAAUCCCCUUCCUUCCAAAUUCAAAUUUAAAAUACUCAAAAUCUCUUUUUUUUAAAUAAUAAAUAUCUUUUUUUUUCUUUUUGUGGCUUGGCACGUUGGAAAUAUCUUUGUUGGUCUAUUACAGACUCUUUGAUAUGUCAAAUCUAACGUCAGUUUGGAAUACUGAUAUCGAGAUGAGAUCGACUGACAAGAAAUUCAGCUCGUAUGAUUUUCCUCGUUCUAUUCCCUCGUUUU